GGUAAGGACCGGACCAGCAACGUGUGUUAUUGUUGGUUCGGAUAUGGAGUACAAUAUAAGUGGGAUUGGCAAUGUAUCGACUGUGCUGCGUCCUGAGGCGCGCCUGGCGGCGGAAAGUAGGCUGCUGGGCUGGAACGUGCCACCGGAGGAGCUGCGGCAUAUACCUGAGCACUGGCUGACAUAUGCCGAGCCACCAGAAUCCUUGAACUAUCUGCUGGGCACACUCUACAUAUUCUUCACCAUACUCUCGCUCAUAGGCAACGGUCUGGUGAUUUGGGUAUUCUCGGCGGCCAAAUCGCUGCGCACGCCAUCGAACAUAUUGGUUAUCAACUUGGCCAUCUGCGACUUUCUGAUGAUGUGCAAGACGCCCAUAUUUAUCUACAACAGCUUCAAUCAAGGCUUUGCCUUGGGCAAUCUGGGCUGCCAGAUCUACGGCAUCAUUGGCUCCUACACGGGCAUCGGCGCAAGUGCAACAAAUGCGUUCAUAGCCUAUGAUCGCUUCAAUGUGAUCACGCGUCCCAUGGAAGGCAAGAUGACGCAUGGCAAGGCCAUUGCUAUGAUCGUCUUCAUCUAUAUGUAUGCAACGCCAUUUGUGGUUGCUUGCUAUACGGAGACCUGGGGACGCUUUGUGCCCGAAGGUUACUUGACCUCCUGCACAUUUGACUAUCUGACGGACAACUUUGAUACGCGCAUGUUUGUGGCCACAAUCUUCUUCUUCAGCUUCUUCUGCCCCACCAGCAUGAUACUCUACUACUACAGCCAGAUAGUGGGUCAUGUGUUUAGCCAUGAGAAGGCGCUGCGCGAUCAGGCCAAGAAAAUGAAUGUGGAAUCGCUGCGCUCGAAUGUGGACAAGAGCAAGGAGACCGCCGAGAUACGCAUAGCCAAGGCAGCCAUUACCAUAUGCUUUCUGUUCUUUGUAUCCUGGACGCCCUACGGCGUCAUGUCGCUAAUUGGCGCCUUUGGCGAUAGAACGCUGCUGACGCCCGGCGCCACGAUGAUACCGGCAUGCACUUGCAAAAUGGUGGCCUGCAUUGAUCCCUUCGUGUAUGCCAUCAGUCAUCCCAGAUACCGCAUGGAGCUGCAAAAGCGUUGCCCCUGGCUCGCCAUCAGCGAAAAGAAUGCAGACUCCACAUCGGUGGCCUCCACGAGCACCACCCAGGAACAGCAACAGACCACAGCCGCGUAGUGAGCAAACUACGCGCCGCUUCACUUUGACGACAACUCUAAUUGCAAACUCAACUCGUAAUACAAAAUGCCAGGCAGUCUCUAUAUAACAAGCAAUACUAGCAUAAGUAAGAACAGUUUUAUUUAUAAUUUGUAGUGCUUCGUUUUAUGUUAACUAAUUGAAAUAAAUAGCGUUUUAAUGCAAGCAAUGAAAAAA